CUAGUGAUACUUUUAUUUUCUGCCUGCGCCGUUGGUAUCUUCGUUCACGACUACCCGCAAGUGAGUGAAGCAGGACAUGCUUGUUUAUGUAUAAUAGUCAUCGUAUUGGUGCCCUUGUUCAGUGUCUUUCUUACUGACUGCACCUUUAGAAUAAAGAGAUUGCACCGAAUCCGGGAAGGGCAACGAGAAAGCCCUGAAUUCUCGGUGGACAACGUGGUCAUAAAAAAAAUCGACGUCACCGGCGGCAACACCCUCUCCGCCGCCCUCAGCUUCACCCUCCACGCCAACAACCGCUACAAAAGCCGCGGCAUUUACUACGCCGCGGCCGAAGCCAAACUCUCUUUCUACUACUACGCCGACGGGUACGGCCGCGCCUCUCUCAUCCGUCAAUCGAGAUGGUACUAUCUCAAUAGUGGGACCCUUGCGUUCGCCGCCAUGAGCUCCGCCCCGGUCAACCUGCCGCCGGGAAACAACGUCCCGGCUGGCGGCAUCGCCUUCUCUGCGGAGUCAAGGAACGUGACGCUCACCGGCGAGCAGGCCUCGCUGUUGAUUGAAUAUAAGGAGAACUUGGAUAGGUUCGAUGCGUUCUUGACGGUGAGAGCUCUGGUGAAGAACGGCAUCUCCGACGCCCGUUCUCGUUUGCUUGAGGUCACGUGCGGGUCUAUGUCUCUCGUGCCCAAUUCUACGCACGUGUU